GAAAAAUUUUACAAUGUGUGGAGUACUACUAAGACUAUUAUGAGUUAACAUUACAACAGUAAUGAUAAGGACUACUGGAGUGCUAGCAAGACCAGGAAGUUAUAAUGUCUACAAUAAUAUUAAUAAUAUAAUAAUACGAGCUAAGUCGUCAAAGUCUUCUACACUUUGGUUGGAUCGUCAAAAGAAUGAUCAUUAUACUAAAAUGGCAAAGAAACAAUAUUAUAGAUCAAGAGCAGCUUUCAAGCUAAAAGAGAUAGAUGAUAAAUUUCGGUUAUUUAAUAAAAAUUCAAAAAAUAUUGUUGAUUUAGGAUUUGCCCCUGGUGCGUGGACUCAGGUUGCCAUUGAGAGAAUGAAUCGUGUAGGAAUUAAGUCAAAGAUAUUGGGAGUAGAUUUAAUAAAUUGUGCUCCACCUCUGGGUAGUCACUUUAUUCAGGGAGAUAUAUAUUCUAGAAAAACUCAUAAUGAUAUAAGAGAAUUUUUUGUUCCAAAGGAUGAAGAUAAUGGUGAUGAAGAAAUCGACAUGCCUGUAGAUUUGAUUAUAAGUGAUAUGAUGUCAAAUACUUCAGGAAUCGGGCAUAUUGAUCAUCUUGCUAGUAUGGAUCUUUGUGAUGCAACUAUGAUUCUUAGUUUAGGUUUAUUAAAAACAAGAGGAUGUAUGGUCAUGAAAUAUUAUAGAGGUUUAGAAGGACAAUUAAUAACUGAAAGAUUGCAUACUAUAUUUGAAAGGGUAUAUGAUUUUAAACCAGAUUCUUCCCGAGAUCAGCUGAAAGAGAGUUAUCUCAUUGGAUUAAGAAAAAGAAGGAACUUAUCAGUAGAUGAUGUAUUUAAAUAAUUAUUGUAUAUAGUAAUCUAUAGAUCUAUAAAUUAACCUAAGGUUACGACCGUCUAACUAAUUUCUUAGCAAUG